AUGAGCAUCACCCACACGGGCCUCUUGCGCUCCCAGUUGCCUGCGAUGGCGUUGAACAGGGCUGAAGUGCCCAGGCGGGCGCGCGGGCGGGAGAUUGGCCGGGCAGGCGCUCGCUCACCGAUCCGGGCGGCCGGCACUGUCCUCCGUCCGGGGGCUGCGGGCGGGCGCGGGCGGUGGCGAGGAGAGCGGCGAGCAGUGGCCCCGCCAGGGCGGCGUGCAUCCUGCCGGGGCCCGCGGGGAGCGGGGAACCCUCCUGGGAAGCGCCCCCUCAGCCAGGCGGGUAGUCCCCAGCUGGUACGGAGGAUCCUUUGGAGCGCGGGGCUCCAGCCGCGAGAUGCUGGGAGCCCUCUGGGACGUGGCUGGAUGUCCCUGUUGGACCUGGGGGUCUCUCUGGGGCGGGGCUCGUUCUGUUGGAAGAGGGGGACCCUCUGGGGCGGGGCCCCUCACCAGGGCGCGCAGCCCGGUUGGCCAAGCGCCGGGGCUCUGAGAGCGCGCAAAGGUCCCGGGGCACGCAGGGGUCCCAGAGCUGCGCCGGGGUCCCGGGACACGUGGGGUUGCUGGGGCUGCACCGAGAUCCCAAGCUCCCCGCCGGGCCAGAGCUUCCGCGCGCCGCCGCCAGAGGGUGCCCUGGCCGAGGACCAGCUCGGGGACCCUCGCUGGCUCAGCGGUGAAUGCGGGCUGGGCGAGCAGCAACAAAUUCGGCGAUAUGGACCAGCUUCGCUCAUCCUCGGGUCUUGGCUGGAGUGAACAACCAGAAGGGUAGGAGUUGAACAGGCGCUGCUGGAUAAUCUGGGAAUGCAGCAAUCACACGGAAUCCAGAGAAGCUGGUAUUUACAACUUUGUGUCAGGCGCCUGUGCCUAAUACUGGCAUGAGCAUCCAUCGUAGGUGUUCUGCAAACACUAGCUGAGUCAAAAAUAAAACUUUAAAGAGAACAGAAAAUAAUCAUCCUCAGAAGUCCUUGGAAACUUCCACUGAGGCAGUUCUCUCCCGUCUGUUUUCUGGAGUCCACACAGGAUCCCAGUGCGAGGCUCUGGAACGGCGAGAAUUCAUACGUUGGUUUCUUAGACCAUAGGAAUUGGAGAUCCCUUAAAAACCACUCCUUUCUGUCCCAAGGAACAAAUGUGGCUUAGAGAAGACCAAGGAAUAAGACCUAAGCUUCUAGAUUUUUUUCCCAGCAAAUAGGGAAACUGAGUCA